AUGUUACUAACCUUAUGCUUCGCCAAUCUUUAUAUGCCACGGGGAAUCGAUCGGUUGAAUCCGUUGCAAGCCUAUCUUCCGAACCCCGCAUCAAAGUCUUGUCACCGUGCCCGCUUGGGGUUGGGUGCUGUUUGCAUAGCACUCAUAGGCUCUGGGACUGAUGACCUUACUCUUCUAGUCUUUUCCAGUAAGCCUUGUUGGAUGACUCAGAGCUCUUGUGCUCCCUCUUUUCAAUAUCCCUUUGCUGUCUUCGUAACCGCAGUGAGAGUAGGAGCUCAAGCAGUUGCCGCUGCAAGACUAGCCGCUCUUGAUGACAGCGGGGAAGGAAAGCAAGGGACUGAUUACACUAGUAAGACAUGCCCAGAAGAGGAGGAAGGAAAGCUCAAAGAAUCCAACUCCAGCAGCAUAUUAACUGAUAUAGACGGAACGCGCCCCACAUUUUUAGGACGUUCCUAUCGAACACAUAUCCUACCUGUAAAGGGAAGAUCGGGCAAGACCCUUAUCUGUUCUUCUCAUCCGUACCGUACUCUUUAUAGAGAAUCUGUCAAAGAAUAUGAGACCUUUGCAGAAGGCAAUCGGCCGGAAAUCGAUGCCUUACAGCAUAAUCUUGGACUUGGCUUAGCUUCCUCCAAAAAAGAAAAAGCUAGUGCGGUUACGCCUUUUCCUAAUGCCCUUACUAAACCACCAACUGCGGUUAUUCCGCAAAGACCGGAUAAGGCGCAUCUAUCUAAUAGCGGACGAUUUUCGGCAACUUCGGAGCCCCGCCUGAGAAAGAAAGAAUACAUUCCUCACGUCUGCACAGGCCUAUGGGCUUUAGCAAGCCCCUUUCCAGUCGUGGCGUAUCAUUUCAAAAAGUUAAAGGCAUAUCACCGCAGUGACUCUUCCAUGUCAAAUAGUCUUCCAGUUGAGAUUUACGGUUCCGAGUUAGAUUCUAAUUGCGAGAAGGAGGAACUUAACUCCGAUUGUGAUGGCGACUGCCUAAUAAGAAUGGAGAAUAGGGUUCUGAAAGAACGUAGUAAGUGGUUAACUUUGUUGACUCGCUCGUUAGAGGAAGUGAACGGUUGGCUCGAAGAGGGAAGAGAUGCGCCGGGUCUUUCUCUUUGA